AUGGCAGAUUGUUUAAAAGUAUUGCGGACCGUGGUCACCACGUUUUCGCCAGCUGGUGCGUACAUUGCUGCAGUAGAAAUUGGUUGUGCGCCCGGCGUGUGCGAGGCAGUUCAUCUGGUGCCAGCUUCCUGGAAGCCAGUAUCAACAAUUGAUCCCAUUCGUCAGCUCUCGUCCAUUGGGGCGUUACCGUUUUAUAUGACUUUAGCAAGAUAUAAAGAGACAUCAGUACAGUGCGAGGAGAGUAGUCGGUGUGUCGCGACAACGAGACCGGCCGGCAGCCGUCGAGCGUGCAUGACGCUUCACACACCUAGAUAUACUUCUCGCAGAACAUCAAAAUUUUGCAAUACCGCUUACUUUGUAAAGAUACAAGACUAG